AUGCGCUUGACUGCAGAACUCAUUGAGAAUUCUCUUUCCUACAUCAACACGCUCAAGGACCGCGAGCUUGAUCUGAGAGGGCGCAAGAUCCCCGCGAUUGAGAACUUAGGUCUCGCCAAGGAUCAAGACACGAUUGACUUCACGGAUAAUGACAUCUCUUCCGUCGGGAACUUCCCCUACUUCCCCCGCCUGGGCACGCUGCUCCUCGCCCGCAACCGAAUCAACCACAUUCAACCUGCACUAGGCUCGUCAUUGCCCAACUUGUCAACAAUCACUCUGUUCUCAAACAAUCUGGCUGAACUGGCGGACCUCGAGCCCCUCUCAACACUCACACAACUCCGACACCUUACCUUGCUUGAAAAUCCCGUCACGCGAAAAGAGAACUACCGGUACUGGGUCAUAUGGCUGGUCCCAUCAGUGGUGUUCCUCGACUACCAAAAAGUGAAGCAAGCCGAGCGGAUCAAGGCCCGAGAACUCUUCGGAACUCGCGAAGCACCCACUGAACUUGCUGCCAAGAUCAUGGGCAUCAAAUCCGUCGUCAGUGUUGCCAGCAAUGGUGCAGGUGCCGGCGAAUCUAAAAGCGAGCAACCCGUCCGCCUCAAGCUGACAGCGGCUGAGAAGAAGCGGGUGCAGGAAAUGAUUCUGAAUGCAACGAGCCUUCAGGAAGUCGCACGGCUUGAGAAGGACCUGGCAGAGGGGCGGGUACCUGCCGGGGCAUUCAUGGCAACAGAUGAUACGGAUGGGGAUUCGACGAUGCAAAUGUGA